UAAUAUCCAUGUUCUUUUCUUUUAUACAGGAUUGGUAUUACUUUUCAGUGAGUUAAAGCAAUAGAAGGAAAUAUGAUGCAACACAAAAGAAGCCCAAUUUCACUUGAGCAUAGCACCGGCCUCACAUCUCUUACGCCAAAACGACUAAAGGCCGAUAUGCCUAUUUCCUCCAAGGAGAAGAAAGAGAAGUUCGGUGAACGAAUAGUAGCUCUCCAGCAGCUGGUGUCACCAUAUGGCAAGACAGACACGGCUUCUGUUCUCCUUGAAGCAAUGGGAUACAUAAACUUCCUCCAUGAACAAGUGAAGGUGUUGAGUGCACCAUACCUCGGAAAUAUGCCAAUGUCUAAGACACAGGAAUCACAGCCUUACAAUUUGAGAAACAAAGGCUUAUGUCUCGUGCCAGUUUCAUAUACUGUUGGAGUGGCCAGCAGCAAUGGUGCUGAUAUUUGGGCUCCCAUUAAGUCCUCACAAAAGUUCUAGAGAACAAUGUGGGAUUAGCCAUCACUUGCAUCCAUGGUGUUUAAUUUGAACAGGUUAAUAGUUCGAGUGCCUAAGUGAAAAUCACUGACAAGUUUAAAGGUUUGUCGAUGUCUUCGGCCUUUUUAAAAGCAGCCGAAAUGAUGCAUUUUCAACACGGAGAUGCAGUUAUGUGAUAGAUGCUAGUAGCCAGAUCUAAUUUGAGGGCUAAUAUUAUAGGGAUAGCCUGAGCUCUGUCUCAAGGUUUUUAACAGAAAUGUAUAUUUUAUUUAAGAAAGAAAAGUUAUGUAGUGAUCUUAGCUGCAAAUGUAUCAAGGAUGCACUUGUUGUAUUACAUGAGAAGCAACGGGAACUCUAGAAUAAUUUGAUUCAGGAAUAA